UUCUCUCUGAUAUCAUACAUCGCUGAUAUCUCAUUCUGUUUUAUAUUUUAAAUAUAAUAAAAUGCAGUUAAUUUAAACGCACGUAUAAUGUGAUUUUGCUUUUGAUAAUAUAUGAAAAGUGCAGCAAAACGAACUGUCAUAAUAUUGCACUUUAGAACUUUCUCUACUGGAAACUGGAAACGAGAUAAAUUAGGCGUUGGAGAAAGAAAGAAAGCGAAGAAUCAUCUGAGUGCAAAAACCUUGUGCUUUGUUUACUUGCUUUCUCAUGCGAUAAUAUUUUAACAAAAAUGCGUUGAAUUUUACGGUAAUCGAAACCGUUUUCGUGCAUUUCUUAUUGAAAUAAUGAAGCAUCGGUAGCGUGCAAAGGCUCAACAAAAUAAUGCUUGUGGUAUCCAAGAUAACAACAAUAUAACCUCUCUCUCUCUCUCUUUGUAUUUCUCUUCCACGAAUCUGUGAAUUUAAGAUUGCAUUUCAAUGUUCUCUUCGCGAUCGCUAAUCCUUCUCGCGAUCGUACACUCGUGAAUUUUUUACGAUACGAUGAUCACGCAAGUACUAUGUUCGGUGAUUGCGGGCGUGGAGAAUUCCAAGCUGCUUUGAGGAGCUGUUUACCAAAACAUCAGGAAGGAUGCCUGGAAGCUGCGCGAGUCUGAUUAGAUUAAUCAGACGACGAGUCGUUCUUGGACUCAUCUUCGCUCUGUCGUUGACGUAUUGUGCCUUUUCGCUAUUACGAAAUGAAAAGAAAGAUUCAUUGAGUCUAGACAGUGAUCUUGGCCAUAUGGAUCCUAUAAUGCUUAAUGAUAACAAUGAAGAUUUGAUGCCUGAUGAUAACAUGCUUCCAGAAGAGUUAAGUGUAUCCAGCAAACCUUUAUUAUGGCAAAUGGAAAUACCUGAUCGAGCGGAUAAUACAGGCAAUAUGGAUAUGGUCAAUUUAAAUGAGAACAAUGCUUCUACCCAGCCUUGUCGCAAUUCUGUUCAAGGAAAAGGGUUGAUAGUAGAUGAACGCGGCAUAGUAUGUUCAAGACACGAAGUUUUGCCAAAUGGAUGUUGUACAAUGGAGCUGAAACAAGCAUCAAAGAAUGAAGAGACUUUGUCCAUGGCCAAAAAAGAGAGAUAUAGUUGUAAAACGUGCAAUUCUCGAGGAUGCUGUACUAUUUAUGAAUAUUGCGUCUCUUGUUGCCUGCAUCCUGAUAAGUCAAUCCUACAAUUAAAAGGUCGAAAGUUAGCUUCCGCGAGGAUGCCAAAAGAUGAUGGGAGACUGCGUAUACGUAAUCCGGAUCGUUUUCAGAUUUGCUUAGCCGCCUGUCGAACAUCGAGCUCGAGCGUGCGACACGAGAAUACUUAUAAGGAUCCCCUUGCGAAGCAUUGUUAUGUCCCACAGCCGUUGAAUUCUCAGCGACAUCGACGCAAUUUUAAUUCAUUAAAUAAUAACGGCGACAAUCCCGCCGUUGUCGUUACUUCUUCUUCUGUAGUGAUGUUAUUUACCCACUUUUUUCCCGAAUGUUAUACCUUAUAUUGUCCAUUAAAUGAAUCCCAUGUUGACCUCUCUUUCUAUAUUAAUAUUAUUUCUAUCGAAACUAUGUUAACGUUUUAUGCCCGAUUAUUAUCCCUGCUUUGAGAUACAAUAGUUCGACC